UUGCUCGGGUUCUAAACCUGUGAUUGCACUAGAAAUCCUAUAAAUUUGCGAUCAUUAUAUUUUCUCGUCAUCCAAACAUACUCGCUAAGAUCCCUACUUGGGUUUCGCCCUCUUAUCAAUUGAACCGAUUCUAUUCUUGUCGCAAUCUUCUAUGUAAAAUGAUUUUCUCAAGGAUCGUUCACUCUCUAUCUCGCUCUUCUCGUUCCGCUCUCCAAAGAGGAAACGCAAAAAAUGUAAUAGCCAGUAGUUGUAAUGCACGGACUAUGCCAGUAGAGAAUACGUGCAUUUCUGGCGUGGAUGGCGGAUUAGGGAUUAUUAGAGGUUAUUUAACUUCUGCUGGAGGUGUGAGGCAGCUCCUGUCAAAAACAAAUUUGUUUAAUUCGAAGUCUCUUCUUGCAAAACCUAGGGCUCGUCUAUUUUUCUCCAGUCAAGCUCCAAAGAAGAGAAAAUAUGAGAAUUACUUCCCGAAGGAUAGAAAGCAAAAUCCAAAAGAAAAUGAGAGCAAAUUUGAAUAUAAAGAGGACUCAGGUGCUGCUGGUGGCAGUGGUGGUGGUGGCGGUGGAAACUCCCAGAACUUUAUGAAACAGUUCCAAAAUUUCAUUGCUCCUGUAUUGUUGAUUGCCUUUUUGUAUUCAUCAGUUCUUUUUGGUCCUCACGACCAGAAACAGAUUAGCUUCCAAGAGUUCAAAACCAAGCUACUUGAACCAGGCCUGGUGGAUCGCAUUAUCGUUUCAAAUAAAUCAGUUGCUAAGGUGUAUGUAAAAAGCUCACCAAAGAAUGGAAAUCAAACCAGUGAUGAUAUUGUUCAGGUUCCUGCCAACAGUACCCCUGCUAGAAGGGAUACCAGCCUCUACAAAUAUUACUUUAACAUAGGAAGUAUAGAGUCUUUUGAGGAGAAGCUGGAGGAGGCACAGGAAGCGCUAGGAAUAGAUCCCCAUGAUUAUGUUCCUGUAACUUAUGUGAAUGAAGUGAACUGGUAUCAAGAGUUAAUGAGGUUUGCUCCUACGGUCUUGCUUUUAGGAACGCUCUGGUUCAUGGGGCGAGGAAUGCAGAGUGGUCUUGGUGUUGGUGGCACUGGUGGACGAGGGGGCCGUGGAAUAUUUAACAUGGGAAAGGCUCCUUUCACGAAAAUGGAUAAGAAUGCCAAAGAUAAGGUAUUCUUUAAAGAUGUAGCUGGGUGUGAUGAGGCAAAGCAAGAAAUUAUGGAGUUUGUUCACUUCCUGAAAAAUCCAAAGAAAUAUGAGGAGUUGGGUGCUAAAAUUCCAAAAGGUGCGCUUCUUGUAGGCCCACCUGGCACAGGAAAAACACUUCUUGCUAAGGCAACUGCUGGUGAAUCUGGUGUGCCCUUUCUAUCUAUAUCUGGGUCAGAUUUUAUGGAAAUGUUUGUUGGAGUUGGGCCAUCUAGGGUCAGAAGUUUAUUUCAGGAGGCAAGGCAAUGUGCACCUAGUAUUGUAUUCAUUGAUGAAAUAGACGCAAUUGGUCGAGCAAGAGGGCGUGGAGGCUUUUCGGGUGGCAAUGAUGAGCGUGAAAGUACUCUUAAUCAGUUGCUAGUAGAAAUGGAUGGAUUUGGGACCACCUCAGGAGUAGUUGUACUUGCUGGAACAAAUAGGCCUGAUAUCUUAGACAAAGCUUUAUUAAGACCUGGUCGGUUUGACCGUCAAAUUACAAUUGAUAAACCUGACAUCAAAGGCCGUAACCAGAUAUUCCAGAUAUAUUUGAAAAAGCUGAAACUUGAUAAUGAUCCAUCUUAUUAUUCUCAGAGACUUGCUGCUCUUACUCCUGGAUUUGCUGGAGCUGACAUUGCUAAUGUUUGCAAUGAAGCUGCUUUAAUUGCAGCAAGAAAUGAGAGUGCGCAAGUCACCAUGGAACACUUUGAGGCAGCGAUAGACAGGGUAAUUGGUGGCUUGGAAAAGAAGAAUAAGGUUAUUAGCAAGCUUGAAAGGAAGACAGUUGCUUACCAUGAAUCAGGUCAUGCUGUUGCUGGUUGGUUCUUGGAACAUGCAGAGCCCUUGCUUAAGGUAACAAUUGUUCCGCGUGGUACUGCAGCAUUGGGAUUUGCUCAGUAUGUUCCCAAUGAAAAUCUUUUGAUGACCAAAGAGCAGCUUCUUGAUGUGACUUGCAUGACACUUGGUGGUCGAGCUGCUGAGCAGGUUUUGCUGGGGAAGAUUUCAACUGGAGCCCAGAAUGACCUGGAGAAAGUAACAAAAAUGACAUAUGCCCAGGUCGCAGUUUAUGGUUUCAGCGAGAAGGUGGGUCUUUUAUCCUUUCCCCAGAGAGAGGAUACAUUUGAGAUGACUAAGCCCUACAGUAGCAAGACAGGUGCAAUCAUAGACAGUGAAGUAAGAGAAUGGGUGACCACAGCAUAUGAACGCACUGUUAAGUUGAUAGAGGAACACAAGGAGCAAGUGGCUCAGAUUGCAGAGCUGUUGCUUGAGAAGGAAGUCCUUCAUCAAGAUGACUUGGUUAGAGUUCUGGGUGAACGUCCUUUCAAGUCAAGUGAGCCCACUAAUUAUGAUAGGUUCAAGGAAGGAUUCCAAGAUGACAAUGAACCUAAAGAAACAACUAAAGCUGAGACCUCGGAGGAGGAUGGAUCAUCAAACUUGGAACCGCCAGUUGUUCCAGCUUAGCCGGCGGAUAAUAAAUUUACGGAUGUGAAAAUGGGAUUUUUUUUCUUCUUCAAAUUAACUUGCUAGUUUUACUUAACAUGAACUAAAUGAAAUUGUAAAAUUCAAGAAAUAUGCAAAGAUCAUCUUCAACAA